UUCAAUAGAAUAUAUAUAUAUUUAUAUUCUAUUUUCCUUUUAAGGCGAACAGCAAAUUCCACUAUUUAGGCUAAUCCUUAUUGUGGCUAGCUUCACAUAGGGUCUGACCAUUCAUCAAAUUAGAACUGUUUUAUAAAUAAGGGGUAUUUUAGAUGAUGACACCUAGAUAGAUAGUUAGCUAGCUAACUAUAGCUACUGAAACAGAUCAUGUCGUUUUGCUAUGUUUUUGGGGGAAGAACAUUGUUUGUGUCCAUUAGCUAGCUAGCUUUUUUAUAGCCAGCACCGUCCAUAGCUUGGGGGAGUGUGUCUGCGGUCGUGAGGCAGCAGCCGGUGAGCGAAACAAAACUUUACCGGCAUCAUAGCACACGUAUCAGUGAAUCGUUGUGACAUAUGAAAUACGAGUGAUAGUCUAAUCAAUGUGUAAUAAUUACAUAAACAAUGAAUGAACGUGUUGAAUGAUUACAUGACGUGAGAGUCAUAUUCAGGUCCUGGUUGGUCAACAAGCUUAUUUGACGCUUCGAAUAGUGUAAAACGGCGUUCCAUACCAGCGAGGUAAAUCAAGUGCACCCCACACAGGCAAAUGGCUUGUUCUGAUUGGUUAAAGAAAACCGGAUGGCUGGUUAGGGGUUGAUGGCCCUUCGUGAACGCCGAAUAUUGUGUGUAAAUGAUGAAGAAAUAGGGUCAGUAAUGUGAAAUCCCUAUAAAUUGAACAAUUUUAAACUCCCAUUUUUAUUAGAUUUUUUUUUUUUUUAGCAAAGCGUUAAUUUAGAACUGUCUGAGAAAAUCUUGUGGAAGAUUACGGUUGAGCACCCCUAGUUACGUAAUGGGUUAGUUCAUCAUUACUGUACAGCGGAAGGAGGAGGACGUCAAUAUACAACAGCGUAUUUAUCCCAACAGGAGAAAUUCAUACUAUGUGGCUACCUAGUUAACUACCAAGUUAAAAAUCCACGACACCAUGCAAGAUGACAUCCCACCCCUCUAAACAGACCAACCACUUCAACUUUAAACAAUUCUCUCAUUCAUCAUCCCAGUCCUCUCUUCAAUGCCUAACAGUGGGGAUAGUUCAGGACCUAAUGUGUCUGGGAGUCAGCCAGGCGACCAGGCUAUGCCCUUGUCCCAGCGACCCCCACCCCCUGACAGAGAGGAUGACCAACGCGGCCUGCUGACCACUCUCACCCGGGACUCCCUGAGGACCCGGAGAGCCUCCAGCGCUGAGCUCCAGCUCCCAUGGACCUGCCCUGUCACUCACUCCAGAGAGAAGUUCUACACGGUCUGCUCAGACUACGCCCUCCUCAACCAGGCUGCCUCUCUCUACCGGCUCCCCAGCACCCCCAGAGAGGUGGCCCACAGCAAGCAGGAUGGCAGCGGGGCCCCAUUAGUGAAGUCCAGCACUGUGGACCUGUCUCAGGGGCAGCCUGCAGGUGUAGAGGAGGCUUCAGACGAAGACUUUGACAUGGAGGGGGUGUCCUGCAGCAACACCAAGCCUAUCCUGGCUUGGGAGAUUGAUACCACUAACUUUGAUGCUGUGCUAACUCGAAAGCCCAGGGCAAGCAACAUAAAGAGAGUCGGUACUAAGAAGAUGAAGUCUUCAGGGGGCAGUAGGAACCUGCAGGACCUUCCUCUCCACGCCUCGCAGGACGAGAUCAAACAGAGGAAAGUCCUGGACCUCAGGAGAUGGUACUGUAUCAGCCGCCCCCAGUACAAGACGUCAUGUGGGAUAUCUUCAUUAGUUUCCUGCUGGAACUUUCUGUACAGCACACUAGGAGCAGGGAGUCUCCCACCCAUCUCCCAGGAAGGGGCUCUUCAGAUCCUAGGCUUCCAGCCUCCUUUCGAGGAGAUUAAGUUUGGUCCCUUUACAGGCAACGCUACUCUGAUGAGAUGGUUCAGGCAAAUCAAUGACAAUUUCCGUGUCCGAGGAUGUUCCUAUAUUCUGUACAAACCCCACGGGAAACACAAGACAGCGGGAGAGACUGCUGAGGGGGCGUUGUUGAAGUUGACCCUGGGGUUAAGAGAUGAAACCAUGGCCUAUAUUUACCACUGUCAGAACCACUACUUCUGUCCUGUGGGCUUCGAGGCCACACCUUUCAAAGCAGCCAAGGCCUACAGGGGUACAUUACCAACUAAUGAAAUGGAACACUGGAUCCUGAUUGGUGAACCAAGCAGGAAACACCCUGCUAUUCACUGUAAAAAGUGGGCUGAUAUUGUUACAGAUCUGAACACACAAAAUCCAGAAUACCUUGAUAUUCGUCACACGGAGAGGGGAAUUCAGUGCCGCAAAACCAAAAAGGUGGGAGGGAAUCUUCACUGCAUCAUGGCUUUCCAGAGGGUCAACUGGCAGAAGCUAGGCCCCUGGGCCCUCAACCUGGAGAACCUGAGGCAUGACCUCCACCACCAGGGGUCUGAGAGGGCCCAGGGGGGCUUAGCAGAGGUCCAGGAGGACAGGGAGAAGACCUCAGGAAAACACCAGGCUUUGGCCCGGCUAGGCCGCUCCAACAGCACAGGUACCAGUAACCAGAAGGACGUAGCUUGGAAACACCUGUCUAACACCACAGAGUACCGACACAGGAGCUCACCUGAGAGCGACGUUGAAGAAGAUACCACAGAUGACUGAGAUUCAAUGAGAAGGCUGUGAAAUGAGUGCUGCUAAAAUAUACUGGUUAGUAUAUCAAACGUUUCUCAAUCGUUUUUCACCAACAAAAAAAAAGAGCGAGAGACGAAAGUGUUGUUUUACCCCGUCUAGCAUCAUCCAGAUUCCAUCCAGGAUUUUGCCUGAUUAUUGUAAUGAAAAGUUAGUACAACAUACAAGUUGAUACACUUUAGUGUGAAAGCUACGUUUAAUCGUCUAGCAAUGUAUAGAGGACUGCUGCUAUUAAUCAGAACGUCUGAUAACAUUGCAUUUAAAAGCCAUUUAAGAAAUAAGAAGAAUAAGAAUAAAAUCUAUUAAUUUUACACUUUUAAAGUGAGUGUGUUAGUUUGCGAAUGUGACUGAAAUCCAGUGACUACGGUAAGCCAAGUUUUUCUCAACUCCACGAUGCACAUCACAUCAAUGGAGUUGAGCGGAGACAACUACAACGAGUCGCUGUCGGUCGAUAAACCCUUACCUUGUACCUAUGUUUGUCCUCUGUAGCUGCCUUUCUUACUUCCUUACCUUGUACCUAUGUUUGUCCUCUGUAGCUGCCUUUCUUACUUCCUUACCUUGUACCUAUGUUUGUCCUCUGUAGCUGCCUUUCUUACUUCCUUACCUUGUACCUAUGUUUGUCCUCUGUAGCUGCCUUUCUUACUUCCUUACCUUGUACCUAUGUUUGUCCUCUGUAGCUGCCUUUCUUACUUCCUUACCUUGUACCUAUGUUUGUCCUCUGUAGCUGCCUUUCUUACUUCCUUACCUUGUACCUAUGUUUGUCCUCUGUAGCUGCCUUUCUUAAUUCCUUACCUUGUACCUAUGUUUGUCCUCUGUAGCUGCCUUUCUUACUUCCUUACCUUGUACCUAUGUUUGUCCUCUGUAGCUGCCUUUCUUAAUUCCUUACCUUGUACCUAUGUUUGUCCUCUGUAGCUGCCUUUCUUACUUCCUUACCUUGUACCUAUGUUUGUCCUCUGUAGCUGCCUUUCUUAAUUCCUUACCUUGUACCUAUGUUUGUCCUCUGUAGCUGCCUUUCUUAAUUCCUUACCUUGUACCUAUGUUUGUCCUCUGUAGCUGCCUUUCUUAAUUCCUUACCUUGUACCUAUGUUUGUCCUCUGUAGCUGCCUUUCUUAAUUCCUUACCUUGUACCUAUGUUUGUCCUCUGUAGCUGUCUUUCUUAAUUCCUUACCUUGUACCUAUGUUUGUCCUCUGUAGCUGUUUGUAGCUGUGUGCCUUUCUUUGUUUGCUGAUAUCCAUACUUUUUAAUAAAACCUUUAUCCAAUACAACCACAGACUCCUUCCUUGUAUCGACUGACAGCGACUCCGCCCACAGUUGUUGCAAACAAACUCCACCGAGAUGUACAUAUGGUAGAGUUGAGAAACCCAGCUACAAUAAAACUAACUACAGAAACAACCAUGGUAGACUUCAGAAACCCAGCUACAGGAAAACUAACAGUAGAAACAACGAUGUACAUAUAGUAGAGUUGAGAAACUCAGCUACAAUAAAACUAACUACAGAAACAAUCAUGGUAGACAUCAGAAACCCAGCUACAGGAAAACUAACUACAGAAACAAUCAUGGUAGACUUCAGAAACCCAGCUACAGGAAAACUAACUACAAAAACAAUGAUGUACAUAUGGUAGAGUUGAGAAACCCAGCUACAAUAAAACUAACUACAGAAACAAUCAUGGUAGACAUCAGAAACCCAGCUACAGGAAAACUAACUACAGAAACAACCAUGAUAGACUUCAGAAACCCAGCUACAGGAAAACUAACAGUAGAAACAACGAUGUACAUAUAGUAGAGUUGACAAACCCAGCUACAGGAAAACUAACUACAGAAACAACCAUGGUAGACUUCAGAAACCCAGCUACAGGAAAACUAACAGUAGAAACAACAAUGUACAUAUAGUAGAGUUGAGAAACCCAGCUACAAUAAAACUAACUACAGAAACAACCAUGGUAGAGUUCAGAUACCCAGCUACAGGAAAACUACCAUGGUAGACUUCAGAAACCCAGCUACAGGAAAACUAACUGUAGAAACGUGAAUCAAACAGUACAGUGGGUACAAUUGACAUUGUGUAAGCCUGUGAAACUAUGUUAAGUGUAGAUGUUCUUUUCCCAAAGAAAAUACCUGAGAAAUCAAGUCAACGGAUGCUAAUCACCUACCAAGAUGUAGAGAUUUAUCUUUGUGUUGUUGUUGAUGUCCAACGUGAGAGACAAAGGAUAAUGAGUGCAUGAUUGUGUCCAUGUUGUGUCUAAAGCCACAGUUAAGUCUCCUGCUUAACUCUCCUGCUCAAGCAUCUGUGGUUUUGUGUUUAGAUUUAUCCCAACACUACUGUAAAAUGUAUCAUUAUUUAUUCAUGUGAUUUUAGAUUUGCUCAUUUUUCUUAAUAAAUAACAAUUUAUAUC